AUGGAUGCAAUGAAUCCUGCUUCGGCUUCUUUGGCUCUUCGGCCAGGAAGGCGAUCCAUCAGCGAAGGGCGUUCUUACCAUGGCCCGAAAGGAGUACAACAAGUUAAGGGCCUUACUUUUGACAAGGCAGAGCAGGUUGCUGGGCAUGGAGCGAAACUUACAAGCAGCUACUCCAAUGCAUAUUUCCCUGAAACUCAAAAUUCAAGCAACAUGAAUGACGAGGAGAUUGUCUACACUAUCGAUUAUCAUGGGGCGACUACUCAUCCUACACCAACACCCAAGCAUCCUGGGCCGACUACUCAUCCUACACCAACACCCACACAUCCGUGA